UACACGAACAGCAAGAGGAUCAUAAACCUCGGACCCAUUCACCCUGGCCCUAGCAGCCCUGAGCCUCCGCCGUCCGGGAUUCGGGUCAUCUGUGGCCACUGCAGAAACACAUUCCUGUGGAGGGAGUUCACAGACAGAACGCUAGCCCGGUGUCCACACUGUCGCCGUGUCUCCUCGAUAGGUCGUCAAUACCCUCGGAAGCGCUGCCUGUGGAUAUUUUUGGUGGGACUGUUGUUCGCCAUUGUGGCUGCUGGGGUCACCGCUGCCACCUGGAAACAUGCUGAGAAGUUCCAUGGGAUCUAUGCUGGCUGGGCUGUGCUGGUUAUCCUGUCUGUCUGCUGUCUGGCUCGUGCCUGUUACUGGAGCUGUUUAAAGAUCAGUCACCCCAUCCAGAACUACUCCUGACUCCCGAUGGAACUGGCUGGAGAGAGAGGAGGGGGAGAGCAGCGAGGGGCAUUGCUGAUGGGAACCCCUUCAACAAACCCCCCAACGUACUGCACACAAAAGAUCGGACCUCGCAGAGCACGGACCCUCCCUCUCUCUCCCUUUGUCCCUCUCUCUCUCCCACUGUCCUCUCUCUCUCUCUCUCUCUCUUUCUCUCUCUCCCUCUUUCCCUCUCUCUCUGACUUCGCUCUCCCUCUGUCACUCUCUCUCUCUCUCUCUAUCCCUCUUUGCCUGUCUCUCUCCCUCUCUCCUCUCUCUCUCUCUCUAGUAACAUAACCUCUCACUACAGACCCUGUCUGUGUGUCCAGUCACAUCCCCUCUCACUGCAGACCCUGUCUGUGUGUCCAGUCACAUCCCCUCUCACUGCAGACCCUGUCUGUCUGUCCAGUAACAUCCCCUCUCACUACAGACCCUGUCUAUGUGUCCAGUAACAUCCCCUCUCACUACAGACCUUGUCUGUGUGUCCAGUAACAUCCCCUCUCACUACAGACCCUGUCUGUGUGUCCAGUAACAUCCCCUCUCACUAUAGACCCUGUCUCUCUCUCCAGUAACAUCCCCUCUCACUAAAGACCCUGUCUGUGUGUCCAGUACCAUCCCCUCUCACUACAGACCCUGUCUCUGUGCCCAGUAACAUCCCCUCUCACUUCAGACCCUGUCUCUCUCUCCAGUAACAUCCCCUCUCACUACAGACACUGUCUGUGUGUCCAGUCACAUCCCCUCUCACUACAGACACUCUCUCUGUGUCCAGUAACAUCCCCUCUCACUACAGACCCUGUCUCUGUGCCCAGUAACAUCCCUUCUCACUACAGACCCUGUCUCUGUGUGUCCAGUAACAUCCCCUCUCACUACAGACCCUGUCUGUGUGUCCAGUAACAUCCCCUCUCACUACAGACCCUGUCUGUGUGUCCAGUCACAUCCCCUCCCACUACAGACACUCUCUCUGUGUCCAGUAACAUCCCCUCUCACUACAGACCCUGUCUGUGUGUCCAGUAACAUCCCCUCUCACUACAGACCCUGUCUGUGUGUCCAGUCACAUCCCCUCUCACUACAGACCCUGUCUCUCUCUCCAAUAACAUCCCCUCUCACUACAGACCCUGUCUGUGUGUCCAGUAACAUCCACUCUCACUACAGACCCUGUCUCCCUCUCCAGUAACAUCCCCUCUCACUACAGACCCUGUCUGUGUGUCCAGUAACAUCCCCUCUCACUACAGACCCUGCCUGUGUGUCCAGUAACAUCCCCUCUCACUACAGACCCUUUCUGUGUGUCCAGUAACAUCCCCUCUCACUACAGACACUGUCUGUGUGUCCAGUAACAUCCCCUCUCAUUACAGACCCUGUCUGUGUGUCCAGUCACAUCCCCUCUCACUACAGACCCUGACUGUGUGUCCAGUCACAUCCCCUCUCACUACAGACCCUGUCUGUGUGUCCAGUAACAUCCCCUCUCACUACAGACCCUGUCUGUGUGUCCAGUAACAUCCCCUCUCACUACAGACCCUGUCUGUGUGUCCAGUAACAUCCCCUCUCACUACAGACCCUGACUCUCUCUCCAGUAACAUCCCCUCUCACUACAGACCCUGUCUGUGUGUCCAGUCACAUCCCCUCUCACUACAGACCCUGUCUGUGUGUCCAGUCACAUCCCCUCUCACUACAGACCCUGUCUGUGUGUCCAGUCACAUCCCCUCUCACUACAGACCCUGUCUCUCUCUCCAGUAACAUCCCCUCUCACUACAGACCCUGUCUGUGUGUCCAGUAACAUCCCCUCUCACUACAGACCCUGUCUGUGUGUCCAGUAACAUCCCCUCUCACUACAGACCCUGUCUGUGUGUCCAGUAACAUCCCCUCUCACUAAAGACCCUGUCUGUGUGUCCAGUAACAUCCCCUCUCACUACAGACCCUGUCUCUGUGUGUCCAGUAACAUCCCCUCUCACUACAGACCCUGUCUGUGUGUCCAGUAACAUCCCCUCUCACUACAGACCCUGUCUGUGUGUCCAGUAAAUUCCCCUCUCACUACAGACACUGUCUGUGAGUCCAGUAACAUCCCCUCUCACUACAGACCCUGUCUGUGUGUCCAGUAACAUCCCCUCUCACUACAGACCCUGUCUGUGUGUCCAGUAACAUCCCCUCUCACUACAGACACUCUCUCUGUGCCCAGUAACAUCCCCUCUCACUACAGACCCUGUCUGUGUGUCCAGUCACAUCCCCUCUCACUAUAGACUCUGUCUGUGUGUCCAGUAACAUCCCCUCUCACUACACACCCUGUCUGUGUGUCCAGUCACAUCCCCUCUCACUACAGACUCUGUCUGUGUGUCCAGUAACAUCCCCUCUCACUACAGACCCUGUCUGUCUGUCCAGUAACAUCCCCUCUCACUACAGACCCUGUCUGUGUGUCCAGUAACAUCCCCUCUCACUACAGACCCUGUAUCUCUCUUCAGUAACAUCCCCUCUCACUACAGACCCUGUCUGUGUGUCCAGUAACAUCCCCUCUCACUACAGACCCUGUCUGUGUGUCCAGUAACAUCCCCUCUCACUAUAGACCCUGUCUGUGUGUCCAGUCACAUCCCCUCUCACUUCAGACCCUGUCUGUGUGUCCAGUAACAUCCCCUCUCUCUACAGACCCUGUCUGUGUCCAGUAACAUCCCCUCUCACUACAGACCCUGUCUGUGUGUCCAGUAACAUCCCCUCUCACUACAGACCCUGUCUGUGUGUCCAGUAACAUCCCCUCUCACUACAGACCCUGUCUGUGUGUCCAGUAACAUCCCCUCUCACUACAGACACUCUCUCUGUGCCCAGUCACAUCCCCUCUCACUUCAGACCCUGUCUCUGUGUGUCCAGUAACAUCCCCUCUCACUACAGACCCUGUCUGUGUGUCCAGUCACAUCCCCUCUCACUACAGACCCUGUCUGUGUGUCCAGUAACAUCCCCUCUCACUACAGACCCUGUCUGUGUGUCCAGUAACAUCCCCUCUCACUACAGACCCUGUCUGUGUGUCCAGUAACAUCCCCUCUCACUAUAGA